CAAUGACUUUCUGUUUAUGCAUGCGCUGGGUAUUUUAUUUCGGUCACAGUAAAGUUUAGGUCUCUCUAACGACGUAAAUAGGCUGUUUUAUAACUACUUGAUUGAUAGCUGUUUAAUUAACAUGACUGAGCGAUACAGCUUUUCAUUAACUACAUUCAGUCCAUCAGGUAAGCUUGUGCAGAUUGAGUAUGCACUUAAUGCUGUCGCUGCAGGAGCACCUUCAGUUGGUAUCAAAGCAUCAAAUGGUGUCGUCAUAGCAACAGAGAAAAAGCAGAAAUCGAUUCUUUACGAUGAACAUAGCAUUAAUAAAGUAGAAAUGAUUACAAAGAAUAUUGGCAUGGUUUAUAGUGGAAUGGGUCCUGAUUACCGAGUAUUGGUGAGAAGAGCACGGAAGCUGGCUCAACAGUACUUUAUGGUUUAUCAAGAACAAAUACCGACAGCUCAACUCGUACACAAAGUGGCAUCAGUCAUGCAAGAGUACACACAAUCAGGUGGUGUGAGGCCAUUUGGUGUGUCUUUGCUGGUAGCCGGAUGGGACGAUGAUGAUCAUAAACCUUUCCUUUUCCAAUGUGAUCCGUCAGGAGCAUACUUCCCAUGGAAAGCAACAGCAAUGGGAAAGAAUUUUGUCAAUGGCAAAACUUUCCUUGAAAAGCGUUACAAUGAAGAUCUCGAAUUGGAUGAUGCAGUGCACACAGCUAUUCUCACACUUAAGGAGAGUUUUGAAGGCCAAAUGACAGAGGAUAACAUUGAGAUUGGAAUUUGUAAUGAUGGUGGUUUCAGACGUUUACCUCCAGCUGAAGUUAGAGACUACCUAGCGUCGAUAGCUUAGAAAAAUAAAGACACAAAUGUUAGUUUUAUAUUAAGUUUAAAAAACACAAAAUUCACUCCACAAACUUGAUUGUUAAUGCUAUGAAAAAUCGAGGAUAAAAUUGUUAGUUACAGAUUGAAUAUUGUAAAUGGUAUGGAGGCCAUUUAGUACUUUCUUAAUUAUGACUCACUAUGACAAAACCCUACUUUUGUAAUCUUUUAAAAAACCAAAAUUGAGUUGGGUUGUUUGCCAUCCAAUUUUCCUACCUUAGCAUAUGUUCUGUAGUUUUGUGAAUAUCAUUACAUGAUGAAUGGCCCCUUAUUCAUCAUGAUUGAGCAGAUAUUGACGUUAGGGUGGGGGAAAAGGCUACUGACAAUUUGAGAUGGUUUGAAUUAACACUUACCUUAGCCCAAUCAUAAAAAUUCUGACACUAAAAGUCCUUACCAGUGUGGGUCAUUUAAUAAUAUCUGUGAAAUGCUACAAUAAUGUAUGUAUUACAAACAGCACAACCAUUUAAUCCUCACAUUUUAAACCUCGUAUUUACUAAAUCAGUUGCAUAAUGAAAUAAAUGUUUUCUACAUCUUGGCUUGAUGGUACAAAACCAUCAAGACACGAAGAAAAGGCAUGAUGUUUUAUUUAUAUAAAUCUUUUUUGUUUACAUUCUCUUUAAAUUUGAAAACAUAAGUACUUUACUGUACCAUAACAUUUUCUUUGAAUACUGAAAGUCUACCAUAUUUCUG